CUCUCCAAAAAAAUCCAGCCACCCUCUCAGAUUUCUCUCCAAAAAACCCAGCCACCUUUGGUCCCCUCUGCCUCCAAUCUUCGGCUUCAAGGUCCAAGGCACCACUAGCCAGCUCCAGCUUCCUCUGGCGCCGCCCAUCACCGGCAAAACCAGCAAUGUCCAAGAACAAGGGGAAAGAACCAGGAUCUUAACUUGGGUGGACACAACCAAAGUGUGACAUGCUGUUUAAAAUGUUGGUUGUUGAGGCUGAACAAGGCAACAAGCCCUCAAACAAAUAUAAGUCUCAAUCCCUUGACAAAGUGGCAAAAGAAAUUGGUGUGAAGUUUAAUGUAGAGUGUCAUGCAUCACAUGUGCAUAACCAUCUUCGUACGAUUAGAAAAGAGUGGAAAGUCAUUCAGGAGAUUCGAAAAAAAAGUGGAUUUGGUUGGGAUGAUAAUUUGAAAAUGAUCACAUGUGACAAGCAAACUUAUGGUGCUGAAGUGUUGGCUCAUCCCGCUCAUGCGCCUUAUUUAAAUAAAAAAAUUGAUCAGUAUGAUGAGAUGGCUAUUGUUGUUGGUAAGGACAUGGCAACUGGUGGCUUUUCAAAGCAAUGGAGUGAACGUUCUCCAUUGGUUGAAAAUGAGACCCCACAUAAUGACAUCCAAAAUCUAGAAUUUGAAGGUGACUCUGAUACGUUGACAAAAGAUGCCCAUGAAGCUUCCAAUGGAACUUCAUCUAAGGGAAGGAGCCAUAAAAAGAGAACUUAUGCAGCUAUGAAUGAAGAUAGUCCUUUUAGUGAGAUGAUUGAACAACUCAAAUAGAUUGCAGUAGCUGUUACAGAUCUGAGUCAUGGCCUAGUUAAUACGAAUGAGCUUCAUAAAGUAGUGAUGAAUGUUGAAGGCUUUGAAGAAGACAUGCUUGAUGAAGCUUUUGAUCAUUGGGUUAAUGAUGAAAAGGCAGGAAGGGCCUUUAUGGCUAAAAAUGAUAGGAUGAGAAAGCUUUGGUUGGAGAAAUUUUUCAACAAAACCUUCUAACUUGAAGCUACUGGAUACGUUGUGUGAAACAUGUUAGUGGUACCAUGGUAUUCUUUAGGUUAUUAAUAAUUAUGGAACAAUUCCAUAUUUUUGAAGAUUAUGUGUUAAUGUUACCUAUAUUG